AGGCGAGGGACAGGGCUAGGGUUUUCUCCUCUUCCCCCGCUCCCACCCCCUCCCCUCCCCGAUCUCGAUUUCAAUUCCCAUUCCUCUCCUCCUCUUAUUUAUCGAUCCAUCCGUUGGAGGUAGAGGUUUGGAUCGCAUCGGAUAGUUCGAGAUUUCGGGUUCGGAGGAGUUCUUGUACAUUUGGAAGCCAAUUACGGAAGACAUAUAUCUGGGAAUGCUGAAAGAUGUGCUUGAAUGCCCAAGUAUCCUUGUCUGAGUUAAAUGAGAUUGUAGCUCCCUUUGAGCUGCCAUUGAUCAGUCUGAAUGGGAUCAGACAGCACACACAAAACCAGUUCGUGCUGUGUCUGCUAAUGCACACUGGAGCUAAGAGAAUUAUAAAGACUGCUGCGUUGGAUCAUGACCUUGGUGACGAUGGUUGAAUUCUUCUGCUGUUAGAGUUCUGUAACAGGAUACUGCAGCAUUUAUUUUCUGAAGAUACAAUAAAAAGGAAUGGAAAAUAGAGGGAAUGUUUUGAUGCAAAGGUAUGAGUUAGGGAGAUUACUAGGACAAGGAACCUUUGCAAAGGUACACUAUGCUAGGAAUCUUAAAACUGGCCAGAGUGUUGCUAUAAAGAUUAUCGACAAAGAGAAGGUCCUGAGGGUUGGACUUGUAGAUCAGAUCAAAAGAGAGAUCUCGGUAAUGAAAUUGGUGAGACAUCCAAAUAGUGUGCAGCUUUAUGAGGUCAUGGCAAGCAAGACCAAGAUUUACUUUGUCAUUGAGUAUGUAAAAGGUGGUGAGCUUUUUAACAAGGUUGCCAAAGGCAGGCUCAAGGAGGAUAUUGCACGAAAAUACUUCCAACAGCUGAUCAGUGCUGUGGACUAUUGCCAUAGCAGAGGCGUAUACCACCGUGAUCUGAAGCCUGAAAAUGUGCUGUUGGAUGAAAAUGGCGAUUUAAAAGUCUCAGAUUUUGGGUUGAGUGCCCUUGCGGAGUCUAGGAGGCAGGAUGGCUUACUCCACACUACUUGUGGUACUCCGGCUUAUAUUGCUCCUGAGGUGAUCAACAGAAAAGGAUAUGAUGGCGCGAAAGCUGAUAUCUGGUCAUGUGGGGUGAUUUUGUUUGUGCUCUUGGCUGGUUAUCUUCCUUUCCAUGAUUCAAAUCUGAUGGAGAUGUACAGGAAGAUUGGCAAGGGUGAAUUUAAAUGCCCCACUUGGUUCUCUUCUGAUGUUCGAAAGCUGCUGUAUAAGAUCCUAGACCCAAAUCCGAUUAGCAGGAUAUCAAUCACCAAAAUCAUGGAGAAUUUUUGGUUCAGUAAGGGUUUUGAUGGUAAACUGAUGAAAAUUGAAGCAGAAACAAAGGAAAAUAUUCCUGCGGAUGUCGCUGCAGUCUUUAGUACCUCUAAUUGCAACAAUACUGUAGUGGGAAAGCAAGAAGCACUUAAGGUGACAAACUUGAAUGCUUUUGAUAUCAUCUCUCUUUCAGCAGGUUUUGAUCUUUCAGGUUUAUUUGAGGAAAGAGACCACAGCAAAGAAGCAAGGUUCACUUCCAGGCACCCUGCAACAGCCAUCAUCUCAAAGCUGGAGGAUGUUGCCAGGUGUUUGAAGUUUAGAGUGAAGAAAAAGCAUUAUGGGUUGUUAAAGAUGGAAGGGUCAAAGAAAGGGAGGAAGGGGAUCCUCGCAAUCGAUGCUGAGAUUUUUGAGGUCACUCCUUCAUUUCAUUUGGUGGAAAUAAAGAAGUCAGAUGGGGAUACUCUGGAGUAUCAAAAGCUGUUGAAAGAGGGCAUAAGACCAGCUCUCAAGGACAUUGUUUGUGCAUGGCAAGGCGAUUGUAAGCAUCAGCAGCAGCUGCUGCAAAAUUAAGUGAUUGGCAUUUUUUCUUUAUUUUUACAUAAGCAAUUGCUGCAAACUGUCACUGUUGGCCCAUUAUCUUUAUCUCUAUGCUGUAUUUUCUAGUUUCUUAUAUUUCAUGAAUGCUAAUUUUGUGAACUCACUCCAAUAUCAAAAUGUGUGUUUGAAAAUAACUGUUGCUGGUAUUUUAUA